UAUUGACCUUUCACGACACUCCCAGGCGAAGCUCCAGCCCCAGAAUGUCUUCUUAUCUCUUUCCUAUUGGCUACAGCAAUAUCUUUUUCUUUUAUUCCUGGCAUACUUCUUCAGAUUUCAUCGCGCCCCAGAUUUGCUUGAUCCCAUCACGCUCUCGCAAUUCUACCACAACCGGUCACUCUCCGGCCUCCCUCUGCUGCUAUUUCGUCGGUAUUCAAGAGGCGUUUGCAAUUGUUACUGCAGUAAUCUUCAAGUUUUGGCACCGGCAGUCCCUUCUCCGUUCUCUGAUCCAUGCGCUCCAACCUUCACAUUGGCGUGCAUGCAUAACGUGCAUGCAUAGAGUGCCAGUAGAUUCAUCAGAACGUGGAUCUCGUUGGCCCGAGCAAUGGCCAAAACGGUUGGAGACAGCUCCUUACUGGUUAAAUUCUCAGGUUGGUGGUUAUGGUAAAGCAGCUCCUGAAGAUUUUGUUGCAGACUACAAGCACUGGAAAGAUGUUGUUGCCAAGUCAUAUUUGAGUGGGGUUGGAAUCAACUGGUCUUCCAUUAGAAAUGUCAUGGACAUGAGAGCUGUAUAUGGAGGGUUUGCUGCGGCCUUAAAAGAUUUGAAAGUGUGGGUUAUGAAUGUGGUUCCAAUAGACUCUGCUGAUACACUUCCAAUAAUCUAUGAGCGUGGCUUGUUUGGGUUAUAUCAUGACUGGUGUGAAUCAUUUAAUACAUACCCCAGAUCUUAUGAUCUUCUCCAUGCUGACCAUCUAUUCUCUAGCAUAAAAAAGAGGUGCAAUUUAGUUACAUUUUUUGCAGAAGUUGACAGAAUUCUAAGGCCAGAGGGAAAGUUGAUUGUACGGGAUGAUGCUGCAACAAUAAAGGAGGUGCAGGGAAUGGCUAAAUCUCUAUGGUGGGAGGUCCGGACAACUUAUUUAGAAGACAAUGAAGGAUUCAUUUGCUUUCACAAGACAUAUUGGCGUCCAAAUGCGACUGAAACAAUAAAAGCAGCCAUUGUUUGAAUCAGAAUAGCAGUACUAAGAGAAAUUCUGGCCGUACUGGUGACAAAAACUUGAUAGGUAUUCUUUUAUUUCUCAAGCAUUUUUUAGAUUAAUUUUAAAGUGUAACAUUUUAUUGGUUGAUUAUUAUUUUGAUCCCCAUUACAAAGAUUAUUGUCCUUGUAUACUUUGAUUGUAAAAUCAAAUUAUCAUUAUGGAAUGAAAAUUGAAGGCAUUC